CUGUAUCCAAACGACUAUCCUCCUUUCAUCAUUUCCUUUACUCCUCAUCUCAUUCCUUUUUCCUUAUUCCUGGCUUUCCAGAUUUACCCACCCCUUUAUCUCUUUACCUUAUCUCCUUCUCUUCCUUCGUUUCUGAAAAUAUCUCUCAUCCUGUGUGUUUUUCCCUUUCCUUACUCCUCCCUUCCAAAACUAACCCACCCCUAAUAUUUACCUUAUCUCCCUUUCUUCCAAACUUACCCACCCCUUCCCUUGAUCUUAUUUGUUAUCUCUUCCUUCUUCCCUGAAAAUCGUUCUCACCUAUGUUAUCUCCCUUUCCCUCCCUCCUCGCUUCCAAAACUAACCCACCCCUUAACUUCACUCUAUCAACCUCUCUCCCUUCUUGCCUUAAAAAAAAAUCACACUCCUCCCCUAUCUAUUCCUUUUCCUCAUCCCUUAUCCCUCAUCUUCACCUUACCUCCCCCAUUCUCAUACUUCAUUCCCUGAUAAUCGCUCUCAUCCUCUCCCUCACAGCGACAAGACUCCUCUCGGGAUCAGGGAACUCGCCCCUCCAGUUCUCGGAAUCGCGUUACUGUGUGUCCAUCGCGGAGGACACCCCCACCUCGGUCUCAGUCGCCGUGGUCUCCGCUACACACAGGCUGGGAGAGGUGGUCCGGUACAGCAUCACAGGAGGGAACGAUGAGGGUUUGUUCACCAUCGAGCAGCACUCGGGCCUCCUUACCCUGGCCGCGCCCCUCGACCACGAGCUUCACCAGAAGCACGAGCUACAAGUGGCGGCGGAGGCAGGUGGCCAGGUGAUGUACGUAAUUGUAGAGGUACAGGUGCUCGACGUCAACGACAACGUACCGUACUUUGUCAAGCCUCAACCGCGGGUCACCGUUAUAGAGGAGGAUGACCGGGACCUUCCCAUGACACUUACGAAGGUUGAAGCCUGGGACGCAGACCAGCAGGACAGGGGGACCCUCCUCUACACGCUGAGAGGUGACGGUGUGGAUGGCCUCGAUCACGACAAAGCCUACUUCAAGGUGCAUCCACACACGGGCGAUCUUAUCCAGCUGAGACAACAGUAUAUUUACACUACAGAAUAUUUAGAGGUUGAAGAAUAUCUUUCAUGUUUACAUUAG